GGACCAGCGAAGAAGAACCUACUAUUAUUAAUCCAUGCGACUGGCUGCAGUGUGUUGUUAAUAUUUUAUUUCCAUGUUUUCUAGCAACCAGUAACUACAGUGUUGCUAACUAGUAAAAUGCAUUCCCCAACCAUGGUUAUGACGUGAGGCUUGAGACGUGAUUGGACCCUUCAUUUGACCCUUCUACUCUGGUAUUUCUCUACAGCGCACAGGGAAAGAAUGGCAUAUCAUCGCGGUCAAAAAUCUAUCAAAGAGUCCUAUGAUGACUGCUUCAUGCAAACGGAUACAAGAGAGGUGACAUUCCAGAGAGUGGUGAACAUCGUGGAGAGAAGGACCACGGUGUCCCGCCCAGAGGUGGACUACAGCCAGGACGGCUUCGCCCCUGACUGGAGCAAGGACCGAUACACAGACGAAGACAAGGGCUUCCUCAGCUUCCACAGGAAAGCCACCCCACCCCCACCGGAGGUUCAGGCUUACUAUUGCGGUGAAACCAGAGAUGACACUCAAUUAAGGCGGCAGGUUGAGAUAAGGAACCGCGGAAGAACCUCCCCCGAUCUGGGACGGAAGACCCGGGGGAGGCCGACCGAUCCGACGGGGCCACGCCAUGGCCGGGGGUCUCGGGUCGUCCAGCCCUCCCUUCCAUACGCCAACCGGGGCCAGGACAAUGAUGGCUGCAAGAGACGGGACUCGCGUCAUCCUCCACGGGGUCGAUCGCCUGUGAGGAGGGACCCCCAUGCAGCCCUGCCUGCCUCACACGCAGGGUUCGAAGGCCGAGGCAGAAGCUUCUCCCCGGACCGGGAGAACUCCUACACCUACCAGCAGCUCCAGCAAAGAAGGAAAGAACAAGACAAUGGUCACUACUGGACCUCUGAAAGGUCCAGAGCCUCAUCGAGACACAAUUCCAGCGGACCCGACGACACAACAUCCCACGGCUCAGCGUUGACCAAGGAGAGCGUCCCCGUGUCCGUGGUGGGUCCGCCGGAGGUUCCUCCGUCCGCCAGCCCUGAGCCGAGCCCCGCCCCCACGGAGGAUCUGAAGGCCCGCCGGGCCCAGGCCAUCACCAACAAGGCUCUGGAGAUCGAGGAGCUCUACGAGCGGGAGUGCCGGACGUUCGGCACGGUGGUGAAGCUGCUGGUGGAGAAGAGGCCCAGCCUGGAGGAGGCCCUCCAGGCCCCGUUCAGGGCCAACCUCCUGGAGCUCAAGCAGCGCUAUCUGGACGACCUCAGGCACUUCAUCAAGGAGCUGGACCAGCUGAGCAGUGGCGGUAGGGCCGCGGGGUCGCCCGCACCUCCGCAGAUCACCGCCUGAGGACCGUCGUGUGCUCCCACAAACAUACACACCGUGUGCAUUCCGUGUGUGUCAGGUCAAGAGUAAGGCGGGGAGUGUGGAGGGGAAUACAGACUGAUAUUUGGUGCCAUUUUCUAUUGUUAUGUGCAUAGAUAAUAAGUAAGCGGCACAAAAAAAAUCUUGUUCUUGGGUGAAGCAAACCAAACAGUUUUAUUUUUAUGCCAAUGUACAUUCCUAUUUGUAUGUUAUUCUAUAACUUCUGUAGCAUACAGAUGAAGUGACCCUGACUUUCUGCCAUGGCGAAUAUUGUUCACAUUGCCUAAAUUAAAAUUGUAUAUUAUAACAGAACAGGCAAGAAUCUAAGAUGUAGCUCAUAUAGCUCCUAUAUAUAUAUAUAUAUAUAUAUAUAUAUAGGGGCUAUUUGAUGCAACUUUGUUAAAGCAAUUGAUGUCAUUAAUGAUAAUAAAUUUGUGUAACAUUUA